GGGGCGGGGCAUGGUUGCUAGGGCCGAGCUAGUGGGGUGAGGCGAGAGGCUCUGGAAGAGACUCGGUGGUUGCUAAGGCGGGAGGUCACAGAGCGCGGCGCAGGGAUUGGGCCGUGUUGGGGGAGGUGUGUGGUGAUUGGGCGGCGCCCAGGAGGCGCCCGGGUGAGGCACGGGUGCGCAAGCGGGAGUUCCGGCUGGAGACCCGUGCUCUGGGCCGGCGCCUUCACCAUGGCCUCGGCAGAGCUGGACUACACCAUCGAGAUCCCGGAUCAGCCCUGCUGGAGCCAGAAGAACAGCCCCAGCCCAGGUGGGAAGGAGGCAGAAACUCGGCAGCCUGUGGUGAUUCUCUUGGGCUGGGGUGGCUGCAAGGACAAGAACCUUGCCAAGUACAGUGCCAUCUACCACAAAAGGGGCUGCAUCGUAAUCCGAUACACAGCCCCGUGGCACAUGGUCUUCUUCUCCGAGUCACUGGGUAUCCCUUCACUUCGUGUUUUGGCCCAGAAGCUGCUCGAGCUGCUCUUUGAUUAUGAGAUUGAGAAGGAGCCCCUGCUCUUCCAUGUCUUCAGCAACGGUGGCGUCAUGCUGUACCGCUACGUGCUGGAGCUCCUGCAGACCCGUCGCUUCUGCCACCUGCGUGUGGUGGGCACCAUCUUUGACAGCGCUCCUGGUGACAGCAACCUGGUAGGGGCUCUGCGGGCCCUGGCAGCCAUCCUGGAGCGCCGGGCCGCCAUGCUGCGCCUGUUGCUGCUGGUGGCCUUUGCCCUGGUGGUUGUCCUGUUCCACGUCCUGCUUGCUCCCAUCACAGCCCUCUUCCACACCCACUUCUAUGACAGGCUACAGGACGCGGGCUCUCGCUGGCCCGAGCUCUACCUCUACUCGAGGGCUGACGAAGUAGUCCUGGCCAGAGACAUAGAACGCAUGGUGGAGGCACGCCUGGCACGCCGGGUCCUGGCGCGUUCUGUGGAUUUCGUGUCAUCUGCACACGUCAGCCACCUCCGUGACUACCCUACUUACUACACAAGCCUCUGUGUUGACUUCAUGCGCAACUGCGUCCGCUGCUGAGGCCAUUGCUCCAUCUCGCCUCUGCUCCAGAAAUAAAUGCCUGACACCUCCCCACAACCUGCA